AUGAGAAGUUUGAGACUUGGGACCCGAGUAACAAGUCAUGGAUUCGGCACAAGAUUAGGCGUGAAGUGCCGUUUCACAUCUCAGCAUUACGUCCAGCGAAGGUUCGACAGCAGCACAUUUCAAAACGGUAAGAACUCAGACAAAGAUAAUAGCAGCUCAUCGGAUAACGGCGGUGGGUAUGUGAAGAAAGCACUGCUGACCAUACUGAUUCCGUACACGGGAUACGCCCUGUAUGUCAUAACACAGGCGAACUCAGAGAUCACGAAACGAGAGCGUGAAGUCCAGCAGCACGAGGACGACAAGCACUUCAAUGCAACGUUGGCCAAAUAUUCAACAUUGGAAGUGCUCGGCCGUUUUGCAAAUCCUUUCAAGGAAUACAGGAUUCUCACGGCAUUCGAAUUUUCUCUGAAUCGAGUGCUCGAGCUUUUCCAGCGAAACCGUGGCGGUAUCCCGACUUGCACGCACUCGAUGAAUGAACUUAUGCCCGUUCAUAUUCCCACCUGGGCGAAUAAGGAAAAGCUCGCCAAUGAUAACUCCACUCUUACUGUAGACGUCCUUGGUGCAAAUGAACCGAUUGGCACAGAAGCAUCGGGCUGCGUGAAGAAAGACCUGCCGCUCCAUUCGACAUGGUUGGGACAGUCCUGCAACUUUGUGGUGUACAACAAUUUCAAGAUUUUGACAGAUCCGUUGUUCACUGACUAUCUAAUGCACGAAACGCUUGGCCCCAAGAGAAUCACCAAAAUGCCCGCACCGAUUGAUAGAGUUCCCACCCCUGACAUUAUACUAGUGUCGCACAACCAUCCCGACCACUUGGAUUUUAAAAGCAUGGAAUUCUGGGGCUCGAAUGGCAAGACGCACCCAUUGUGGAUUGUGCCCAAGGGAAUGGCUCAGUUCAUGAACGACCAUGCAGUUACUAACGUGGUGGAGCUGUCGUGGUGGGAGACUGCUCGAAUCAAAAAAGAUAGUGCCACUUACAAUGUUUCCUGCACGCCUGCGAUGCACUGGUCCGGAAGGUCGCUCGUCGACACUAACCGCUCACUAUGGUGUUCGUACUUUUUCUCCCAUAAUAACAAACCGAUCUUGUUCCAUGCAGGAGAUACUGGGUACGUUUGGGAUUUGUUCAAGAGAAUAAGCAAUCAAUAUGGAAGGGGUGUUAAAUUAGCCCUGUUACCAUGCGGACAGUAUUGCCCCUCAUGGCACCAAAAGCCAAGGCACAUCUGUCCCGAGGAAGUCUUGAAGAUUAGAGAGGACCUUAAAGCCCAAAAUGUAUUUGGUGUUCACUGGGGGACGUUUGUGCUGAGCGGCGAGUAUUUUCGCGAACCCAAGGAGAAACUGGAAAUGUUAGCCGACUGGGAGGGCGUACGAGACACAUGCUUUUGCCCCGAGCUGGGCAAAACUAUUACUCUCGAAUAA